AUGAGCAUUCACAAUUUCGUGUUGUUAAAGUCGUUUCGCAUCAAUCAUGCUCUGGUUAUCCUGUCAUUCGGCUAUCCUGUCAUUUUCGUACUCAUCAAGGUUCUCACUUUCCCCUGUAUAACUCGUGUGCGCCCUCUCCCAGCUCUGCUGUUGGUGGCGCUGACCACAGCCCAGUCCCCAUCUCCAGUCUGCGAUUCAACGUACACUUAUGGUGAUUCCGUCUACAUUUGGUCAGACGAUUACUUUGGCUUUGGAACCGAGCUGAGCUUUGCCGAUGCCCGCACUGCUUGCCAAAGCAUCGAUGCCAGCGGGGACCUCGUCAACGUGACUAACCAAGCUGUCAACGAUAUCGUUUUCAGCAUGAAUAACAACAACUUGAUCAUGCGUUGGAUUGGUGCUUUUCGCACGCCUCCUUCCACCCAAUACACCUCCUUGGAUGGUACUCCGCAAACUUAUACUAAUUGGUUUUCAAACCAGCCGACCUAUGGGUCGGAAGCCUGCGUGCAGAUGGGCAUGUCGCGCCUGCGUACCUCUCCUCUUGGUGGCUGGAAUGAUGCCCCGUGCUCUCGAUUGCGCCGUUUUGUUUGCGAAUAUUCCUUCUCUGAGGUCUGUGGUGCUUCCACCUCGUCCACCUCUUCCACCUCUUCCACCUCGUCCACCUCAUCGACUACUUCCACCUCGUCGACCUCGUCGACAUCGUCCACCUCUUCGACUUCAUCGACCUCGUCCACCUCGUCGACCUCGUCGACCUCGUCGACCUCGUCGACCUUCUUCGACUUCGAUGACGUCUUCCACGUCUUCCACAUCCUCUUCUUCAUCGACGUCGACUACAUCAUCGACUUCGUCAACAUCAACCACUUCGUCGACUUCGUCAACAUCAACCACUUCAUCGACUUCGUCCACCUCAUCCACCUCAUCGACUUCGUCCACCUCAUCCACCUCAUCGACAUCCUCAACCUCCUCUUCUUCCACCACCUCAUCGACCACCUCCACCUCCUCCACCUCCUCCACCUCAUCGACCACCUCCACAUCUUCCACCUCCUCAACCUCAAGCACGACGUCGACCUCCUCCACCUCCUCCACCUCAUCGACCACCUCCACAUCUUCUACAUCCUCAACCUCAAGCACGACGUCGACCUCCUCCACCUCCUCUACCUCUUCCACGUCAACUACCUCUUCCACGUCCUCAACCUCGACCACGACGUCAACUUCCUCGACCUCAUCAACCUCGUCAACCUCGUCAACCUCAUCGACCACUUCAACUUCGACGACUUCGUCAACUUCUUCGACUUCCUCGACAUCUUCAACCUCCUCUACCUCAACCACCUCCUCAACGUCUACCACCUCCUCAACUUCAUCAACCUCCUCUACAUCAUCAACAACUUCGACUUCAACCACGUCCUCGACAUCCUCGACAUCAAGCUCCAGCUCAACCUCGUCAACAUCGAGCAGCUCUUCCUCGUCAUCGUCAUCUUCAACCUCUUCUACAAGCUCCACUUCUUCCACAAGCUCAACGUCAACUACAUCUUCAACGUCAUCCACCAGCUCAACAUCGUCCACCAGCUCAACAUCGUCCACCAGCUCGACAAGCACCAUACCUAUUGGCAGUUUGUUGGCACUCCUUUCGUCUAUGGACCCCCCAAAGCCGGCCGCACUCCAGGUGCCAGUGAAUUCGGCGGUCAGUUCAUGUACGCCCUGAACAGUGGCGAGGACGUGACUGGUUCUGGCUUUUGGCAGGACCUGGCCAUCACUUACAAGCCCUUCACCGAGUACAAGUUUGGUGUCGUCGUGGGCCGGGUUUCCACUGUCACUUACACCAGCUUUUUCUCAGUCGAGUUGCGUACCAGUGACGGUGACAUCGUGGCGUCGUACCCAGUGUAUUCAGGGUCGCUCAGCACGACAUCCCUGACAACCAUCGAGGUUGUGUUCAGCAUUGAGGAUACCUCUGAGUUUAUCGGAUCUACGGUGCGUGUUGGUGUUCAAUUUAACGGGGCUGGCUUGAGCGCAGCCUUUGAUGCCGCUUGUGCAGCGGUUGAAGCCAUUCCUACGACCUCGACCACGACCACGUCUACGACCACGACUAGCACUACGUCCACCUCAACAACCUCGUCGACCUCUAGCACCUCUAGCACCUCUAGCACCUCGUCCACCUCUAGCACCUCGUCCACCUCGUCCACCUCCACAACCUCUAGCACCUCGUCCACCUCCACAACCUCAUCGACGUCGUCCACUUCUUCUUCUUCAUCGACCUCAUCAACCUCGUCGACAUCUUCUACCUCCUCCACAUCGACCUCGACCUCGACCACCACCAUGGAUCUGUCGAGCUGUGUGACCAUCACUGAUCACAGCUUUGAGCGCGUGAAGGUGAACGGUCCUCAAGACUCUUACAUCACCUUGGGUAGCGGGUGGGACUCUGCCCAGCCCAGUAUCCGCGUCACCAAUGGUCAAUCUCGUGUUGGUCCGAGCACGGCUGCUGAUGGUACCAAGUAUGCAUACAUUUUCUCUGCUGCCGCCGCAGCCAGCAAAGCCGGCAUGUACUACAACACUGGUCUGACGUUUCGGCUGGGUGAGACCCUCCGCUUCACUGUCGCUGCCGGCAAGCUGGCCAUGCCCUACACCAGCAACAUGAAGUUGGCCAUCACGGACGAGAACCGCAACAUUGUUGCCGAGGAGACCGUGUACUCGGCCCUUCUCACGACUACCUUCCAAGACCAGACCGUCACGUACAAAGUGACUGACAAUAGCCUUUUGGGCAAGCAAGUUUACCUCCGCGUCUACUUCACAGGCACUGGUCUAACCGUCUCCUUUGACAACUUCCGUUUCUGUGCCAACAACCGAUACAGUACGGUUACUUCUACAUCAACGAGCACGACCACUACGACCAGUACUACCAGUACUUCAACAACUACCACUGUGACAACACAGCCCUUUGACGCGGGUUGCACGGACCUGUUUAUCGAAGACAGCGACUUUCAAACACCGACCACUGGUAUCAGUCAUACGGCCGCCAUCCCAACUUCCGAUUACGGAUGGACCUACCAGGCCGGUUCGGAGCUGUUGACCAUCAUCGACCAAGACCAUGUGUCUGCACCUGAUACUGACGGCAACCGCCAAUAUUUGGUGAACAUGGGUGCACAGGGCUCCGACUAUGGCAUCUACAACGUUUUGAACAUUUCAUACGGCGAAUACGACGUCAUUCGCUUCCGAGCCAAGGUUUACCGGCCCGCGUGCACAACUUGCGGUGGCACCAUGUCAAUGGAGCUGCGCACCGAGGACCAGACCGUUGUUGCGUCCAACAUCGUGCAGACCAACUCCAUCUCGAGUCACGGGUCAUGGCAGACGGUGCGCUUUUUCAUGCCUGACAUUGGGACGAUCGGCUACGAUCCAUCGAUUUUGUGCAGCAAAGUUGUCAUCGCUUUCAGUUACGGUGGUAUUGGCAUCAGCCCUGCUGUGGCCGACACCAGUGCCUGUGGCUUUUCUUACACGACCACGACCACCAUCUCCUCGACCUCAUCAACCAGCUCGACAACUUCAACGUCGUCGACCAGCUCCACCACAUCCACUUCAUCCACUAGCUCAACUUCGUCCACUUCGUCCACCUCGUCCACUUCGUCUACCAGCUCAACUUCGUCCACUUCGUCCACCUCAACCACGUCAUCGACGAGCUCAACCUCAUCAACUUCCUCAACGUCGUCGACUAGCUCCACUACAUCGACUUCGUCAACCUCAUCCACGAGCUCUACCUCCUCCACCAGUUCAACAACAAGCACCACGGUGACGGAAAUGCCCCCAGUGAAUGAUUGCAUCCGUAUGAACGACGCCAGCUUUGAGGUUUAUGACGUGGCCCAGCAGGGUGUGCUCAAACCCAUCACUGGAUGGACUGCCACUGGUAAGACCACCAACGUGCGCAUUGCCCAGGAAGGUGGUUCCGUCGGCCCCGCCGACACACCAUGGGGCUCUCAGUUUUUGGUGGUGUUUGACUCUAUCAACGUCAACACGGCGGUGUAUCAGGAUACCAACCUCUCAUAUUGCCCCGGUCAAGAGGUCACGUUUUCCGUUUGGGUCGCCAAGUCAGCCAACCAGGUGACUUCCAACACCAUGCGCCUGGAGUUCCGUGACGCGCAGAACCAAGUCUUGAUCUUUGCCUCGGUCGUCAGCGAGAGCGUUACCACUUCCUGGCAAGAAUACACGCUGUCUUAUACGCCCGAACUUGGUGAUGCCCACAUCGGUGAUGCCGUGCGAGUCGCUCUCCGCUUCUCUGGUGCUGGCACUAGCUACGCAGUGGAUAAUGCUGGUGUUUGCGUGACCUCGCGCUCCCCCUACAUUAACAUGGAGCCCGUGUUCGAGGUGGAUGCUGUUCAGCCCAUCGUGACGGCGUUGGACACGAACAUGUAUGGUACAUCGGAGGGCUGCGUGUUCCGUUAUCGCGUGACGCACGACACAUUCAUCAAGCUGCCAUACCAGCAUGAAGGCAUGGUCACCAGCGUCUUCUUCGUGGAUCACGAGAACUAUUAUUCCGUCGGGGCCGAUGGUGUUGUCUAUAUGACGAUCGAUGGCGUGCUGAGCAACGAGACGCUUGCAUCUUGUGGCUACCUCACGGGUGUGACCUUUGUGGCUGGCCAUGGCUUUGUGGCCAUCGACUCCCCUGGUACCCUCUACGAGGGUAGUCUGACUUCGGCCUCCUGUACCGUGUACAAUGUCAGCAUGUUGGCCAGUAGCGAGCUUAUCACCUUGGCUCUUACACAAGCUUCAGACGAAAGCUUUUCUCUCCAGGCCCUUGGAUAUCCCCUGAACUUCCCCGUCCACGCCGCGCCUAGCGCGAUCGAGGUGCACAGCUACUUUGCUUUUCUCGGUUUCCCAGAUGGUGUAGUCAAGGCCUACAUUCUGACUGAAGACGCAGUAAAUUCAACCAUGGGCAUCUUCAACAUGUCUGGCAUGGUCACAGACAUUGCUGUGCGUGACUUUGGUCUUGAUUCAGCUGACCUCUUCAUUGCUGAUGAGAGUGGUCAGCUGAGGCGCCUCGGCAAUCUUGAACAGGACGUCGACUUUGGCUGCGAAAGCGCUGACAAGUUGGCGUUUUUUGGUGAUUAUUUGGUGGCUACGGACUCGUACGGCUACUUGUGGCGCGAGGUCGACUAUUGUCCUUACACAAACGCCAUUUUGAUCUAAUCCAUAGACAUAGUGGUUCGUGCACCUGGUUGCCCGGCUCUUCCGUCCUUCCUGCCGCUUUGGUGGUCUGGGGGCCGAAGAUCAGUUGUGCUCUUUCGAUGCAGCUGUGGCUUUCUUCCUCUUUUGUUCAUCUUUCCAAUGUCAUGUUCCUUCUCCUUGCAUUUUUGGUGUCUUGAUUUCUAUCCCUUCUUGCUAUGAAAGCCACUGCUCUGCAGAGAAUCGCACCUGUGCCAGCAACUCGAUUCAUCUACAUGCCAAAAGCCUUUCCAGAAAAUUGAUAUUAUUCCCUUC